AUGGCAUCCGCGGAACAAGUCGGCCUCAACAAAACAUGGGAAUUAUCGCUGUACGAGUUACACCGCACUCCACAGGAUGUGAUUACCGACAACACGGAGAUCGCGGUCAGUCCACGGAGUCUGCACAGCGAGCUCAUGUGCCCCAUUUGUCUGGACAUGUUGAAAAAAACAAUGACCACGAAGGAGUGUCUGCAUCGUUUCUGUUCGGAUUGCAUCAUUACAGCGUUAAGAAGCGGUAACAAAGAAUGUCCCACGUGCAGAAAAAAAUUGGUUUCAAAACGCUCCCUCAGGCCAGAUCCAAACUUCGACUUACUGAUUUCAAAGAUCUAUCCAAGUCGAGAUGAAUACGAAGCGCAUCAGGAGCGAGUUCUGGCAAAAUUGAACAAAUCGCAUUCACAAGCUGCGCUCGUUAACUCCAUCACAGAGGGUAUCAAGCUGCAGAGUCAAAAUCGUCCACAACGUUCUAGAAAGAACGCGAACGAGUCGGAAAACGCGAGUAACGCUACGUCUUACAACAACACGUCGAACACCAGCGGCCCCACAACACCAAAUGCAUCCGCGAACGCGGCGAAUCAGAGUGAUUCCUCACAGAGCACUGGACCAUUGAACAGCGGAGGUAUAUCUAGCAGUUCUCAGAAUGCCAACAGUAUUUCCCAACCUGCGAGCAGCCCAGCUGUCUCCGGAACAACAUCCAGAAACUCCACCACACCGUCACCGAACCCAGCCAAUCAAAUUCCGAAACCGCCAAAACGCCAGAAGAGCCUACAGAACUCCGAGAACGAUUCGUCCAGUGCCGAAGCCGAGACCGGCGGUGGCGACUCUAUGGUCGACACUGAGGGCGAAGGUCCCAGCGAACCUCUCAUGCUUAAUGAAAUUGAGCUAGUGUUCAAACCACAUCCCACAGAGAUGGCUGGCGACAAUUCUCUCAUAAAAGCAUUGAAGGAAAAUAGUAUUCGCUACAUAAAAACAACAGCAAACGCCACAGUGGACCACUUAAGCAAAUAUUUGGCUAUGCGCUUGACGUUGGAUCUGGACACGGAAUUGUCAGAAUCCGACAGACUGUUAAAUUUCUGCAUCUACAUCGCGCCUUCACCCGGACAGCUCGUGGUCUUGAGUGGCUCGCAAACGUUACGGCAAGUGAACGACAGGUUCUGGCGCGUCAAUCGACCUUUGGAGAUGUUCUACUCAUGGAAAAAGACCUAGGGAAGGCCUCGAAAAUAUCAAUCAGAUGGGAGUUAGUCGCGUUUACGCUCUGGAAACGAGUCUGGUGAACGAGUCAUCACUGUUCCGCGGACUACAGUAGAAUGCAUUUGAAUAUGGAGGACAUAUAUCAACAAUGUAUUGUACUGUAUAUCCGCGAGCUCGAUCUACUUCAGAUGCGAGUUUUUUUCAUUAUCAUAGGCAAUGGUGCAAUUUUUACGUCCUUAGAAUCCAUUGCUAGCAAUUUUCUCUUUUUUUUUUAUGGGUAGCGAGAAUUCGUGAAUUGUUAGUCAAAGUUGAUGAUGAGACGAUGGAAUUCUUCAGAAUCGAUUUAAGCGACAUUGUACGUCCCGGUCCAUUUACAACAUAGAUCCAAUUAGAAGACGACAGUAAUAUCUUACAAGUGUGAUAUAUCAUACUUGUCUAAAUACUAUUCGUCUAAAUAUUUUUUUCCCCUAACGAUCAGUCUAAAGUUUUGAGGAAUCGCAGCAGAGAGAAGAACUAGUAAUUGCAUAAUAAUCCGUAUAUUACUUUAUCGAGUAAACAAGGGGCCAUUAAAUUAGUAAUUUAUAUCACUAAUGUCGACCGAAUAAUGAAUGACCGAAAAUUUUGUAAACUAAUAAGAAACUUGAGAAAAUAGCUUUCGUUUUCUUUUCAAUAGAUUCGUCUCACGAUGUGUCGUAUAUAAUUAUAUCAAUUGCCGAUUACACGUUCGUUAAUUACGUGUCGAGACGUGAGUCCAUUUGUGAGUACCGCGGUUUCAACAGUUUGCGCAUAAAAGUUUCCGCAAUGAUUUAUUAUAACUAACAGUAGCAUGUAUUUGCAUUAAUUAAUGCACCAGCGAAGACUUCGUUCAGUAUGUAUUCAAUAUUCAACACUCGUUAACUCGUACGACUUUUAUUUAUAAGUGAACGCGUAACUUCCAGAAUGUACGACCGUCGCUUAAACUCGAAGUGCAAGGCCGACUAGCGUCCGAGGUGACACUGCAAUUAAACCAGCAGCUCGAUAAACGUGUAUAUGAAUGAGUGAAGCCUAUAGCCGAAAUGCAAUUACCAUUUCACAUCGUAUAUUGAGUAAUAUCCACGAAGAUUAUUCAUAACCGGUAUGCGUUAUAUCCGAGCGCCUAUUCGUACGCGUUAUUCCACAGUUAAAUGGUCUCCAUAGUCAUUAACUUAUUUAAACAAUUCUUAAUCUCAUUGUGGACCAUUCUGUAUAGUUUCCAGUGAAGAAAAUGAAUAAACCCAUGUAUAUACAAAAGUUUCCAGCACUUCGUCUUUCGAGAAUGUCUGUAAUGUAAAAGUACUACAAUGCCUAGACACGUAUCUAAUCCUGGACAUUCUUAUUGUUUUGGUUUUUAAGAUUCCUGAAUACUGGGCACGGUCAUCUUGAUUUUUGGCGUCAAAAGAGCAAGGAAACGCAUGCCAAAAAUUUCUGUAGAGUACGUCGAAAUAAAAAAUAUAUUCAAAAGAUUGCAAUCGA